AUGGACGAGGAUUCGAUGUCCGGCCACAACAGCUGCUCGGAGGACGACAUCAGCGUGGGGCGGCCGUCGCCGGCGCCGUCGCGCACCCCCUCGCCCCAGGACUACUUCAGGCCGCUGAAGCGCUUGAAGAUGGCCUCCGAGCCGCCGGAGGAGCGGCGCGGCGAUGGCGUGAAGAGCUUCUCGAUACUGGACAUACUCUCGCACAGUCCCAGGACCCCACCGCGGAUCGUGCGCCCGUGGGACGCGUCCGGCUUCGAGAGGCUGCAGCGCUUGCAGCGCUUGGCGGGGGCCGCUUUGCUGGACGGCGAGCGUUGGAGGCUGGCCGCGCUGGGCCUCCUCAGGCCGAGGGAGAUGGCGCCGGAGUGCUGUGAUUCCGCCUCAGAAAGGUCGUCGUCCGCCUCCGACUGCUGCUCGGAGCCUAGACGCGCGCAGAGCUCAAACGCGCCGCACACGCCGCUGGACGCGCUGUUCCACAUGACCAGCAAAACCUUCGAGGCGAACAACACUGACAAUGGAGGUGAGUCGCAGUUGAAUAGACGUUUCGGUGUCGGUUCCAACUUAACC